AUGGCUAACGGACUACCGGACGGAUUUUACUUAAGAACUUUGGAAGAAAAAGAUGUCCCAGAAGUCGUCGAGAUCGUCAACUAUGUCAUUCUGAAUACGCUCUCUAUCUGGAGGACGGAGCCAGAUACUGUCGAAGCCCGUAAGACGUGGUUGAAGAAUACGCUGCCUAAAUACCCCGCUUUUGGCAUCUUUGAAGCCUCUGGUGCCCUGGCGGGUUUCACGUCUGCCUCAAGUUUUAGAUAUGGAAGCGGUUAUGAUAGGACAGUGGAGUGUGCCAUUGCCUGUCGAAAUGACUAUACUGGAAAGGGAUUGGGACAUCACCUCCUUCAAAAGUUGCUUUCAGAGCUUCGAGUUAUGGGCUACUAUGUCGUCAUCGCAGGGAUUUCUGGGACCAACCAGGGUUCAGCACGAUUCUUUGCUCGAGAAGGUUUUAAGAGAACAGGAUUCAUGCCUGGAGUCGGAGAGAAGAAUGGGGUGUCUCUUGAUCUCGAGCUGUGGCAAUUGGACUUACGCCCUCCCCCUUCGACUGCCUGA